UACUUGGACGUGGACCUCAGUUGCGCUCCCAUCUCUGGGCUGGUCUCGAGUGACGGUCAGGGUCGGUCCUUCCACCCUGUCAGAUCUCAUCUGCCCUUGUUAACAUUUCUCAAAUCUCGGAACUGCGGCUUCGGGUCUCAUUGGGUCUCCGGGGCGCCGGUACAAGGACAGGCUUCCCGGGAACCCACUUGACCUUUACCGGGCUCUCAGGCUCUCUCUGUGUUGGGCCGGAAAGAAUACGUUCCAGUAUUUGCUGCUUUCAUUUUGAUACCCCAGGGAUGACUUGGAGAGUAUUUAGCUUCUUGGAAUCAGAAAAGUAGCCUGCUGUAUUCCUGCCGCCUUUUGAGGGCGAGGGGAUGUCAUGUGGCCUGUGCUCUGGACCGUGGUGCGUACCUAUGCUCCCUAUGUCACAUUUCCUGUGGCCUUUGUGGUCGGGGCCGUGGGUUACCACCUGGAAUGGUUCAUCCGGGGAAAGGAUCCCCAGCCCGCGGAGGAGGAGAAGAGCAUCUCUGAGCGCCGGGAGGACCGCAAGCUGGAUGAACUGCUAGGCAAGGACCACACCCAGGUGGUGAGCCUUAAGGACAAGCUGGAAUUUGCCCCUAAAGCUGUCCUGAACAGAAACCGCCCGGAGAAGAACUAAUGGAGGACACAGAGCCCCAUGGGUCCUUCUGUGGGCCAUGAGUGGCCCUGCCACCGUGUCUACCCGGCCCCAGAACCCACAUGUCAUUUGCUUUGUUGCUUCUUCUGGCCCUUCCCGCACCACCCAGCCUUGCACAUACUGGCUGCUGUUCUGUCGCCAGGCAGACACGUGAGCAGCCGAGGGGCCAGUGAAGAGGAAAGGCUCUUGGGGGUUCUGGCCUGAAGGUUGCAUCCGUUGUGUGGUGUGCAGGCUUCUGCGCUUCUGGGCGUGCUGCUGGGAGAAGUGUUAUAAACGACGGCCGUCUGCUUCUGCGGGGAGGCUCUUCGGCCUCAGCGGGGAGGGGCUGGAGUUGGGGCUGCCUUAGGAGGCAUGCCUGCAGGCCUAGUUCCUGUGUGCACUGGGAAGAAUUCAAAAAGCUACCUGGCUUCUUUCACUAGUUUGCCCUCUUCCUGUGCUCAUUCUUCCUGAAAUCCUAUCCUAUCAGGUCAGGAAAGAGACUCCUCGGGGAGGAAAGCCUUUUUCUGUUCUUGGAAGUCCAGGCAGUUUGCCUUGGGACAGGUGAAUUUGCUUGAAAACAGUCAUGAUUUUUCACCCCCCCCCCCCAUCACUGUAUGGUACAAAACUUGAUUAAAGUGGCAUCUGAGAACCAUA